UAGAGUGACAAACAUCUUCUCCAAUCAAGCCAACACUGCAGUAUUACCUGAAAAAUCCGUUUUGUCGUCUCACCCUCUGGCUCUUUGUUCACUUCCCUGGGUAUGAUGUGGAAAGCUGUAGUCCUGGCUGUAUUUCUGCUGGUGGCAGGGGUGCAGGCGAUAGAGGGCCCCACGUAUGGAGUGAAGCUGUGUGGCCGGGAGUUCAUCCGGGCGGUCAUCUUCACCUGCGGAGGCUCUCGCUGGAGAAGGUCCAUCAUGAGUGAAGGGGACUUCUCUGAAGACCCAUUCAGCUCCCACAAUUAUGAGUCCUCUGAGGGCUGGAAGGCAGACUCUGUGGCAGACCGUCCCUUUCAGCUGGCUGGUGACCUAGAGGUCCAGGGCCGGGCCAGAGACGGACAGGACGCUGUUCUCAGCAGGCAAGCUCGCUCCAUCAUCUCAGACGAGAUCCUGGAGGCUCUGCGUACGGCUGACCGCAAGGGCCGCGAUGUGGUGGUGGGGCUGUCCAACGCCUGCUGUAAGUGGGGUUGCAGCAAGAGUGAAAUCAGUUCCCUUUGCUGAAAAUAUUUUCCCUUCACAGACACACCUCAGUAUUCAUGACUCAGUUCAUAUCAUUUGCAGAGUUCCUCAGUUGAAGUGUUAUGUUCAGUGUCCUGCGCAUUACAAUAUUGUACUCUUUGUAAAAAAGGCAUUUCCACUAUGAUUUUCUUUCUCUUACCCCAUGUCUUAGGAUAAAUUAGCAUUUUUGUAAUCUCUGUACUUUUUGUAAUUGUUAUGAAUGGUACAUGUCUCCUUUAAAGUUACAUCUAAGCAUGUUCAUUGGAAUUUUGUAUGUGUCACAAAUGUUUAAUAAAAACUUGAUUUGCAUUAGACA